AAUUCACACCAGAAAAAGGCAUGUGGGGGUUCAUUGGGAUGGGCAGGCGGGCAGGUGAAAAACGCAACACAGCCCACAUUUAAACCUUUUGAUCAACCCCAUCGCCCUUCUUCAGCUUUUAUUGCUGGCUAUCCCAUUUGUCUUUUAUUGUGCAUGUCAAGACAUGGUAUCGGCAUAAAAAGUCUGUUUUGCAGUGACUAUUGAUCGCGUACGAUUGCGUACGAUGCUGGAUCUGACGACGACAACAAAGGGGAAUCCGCGUCUCUCUGUCGCUUUCAUUGUCUUGAUCCUCUUGUUUGUUUCGACUACGACGACACAUUACGGCGCGUUCGCUCACCCCGUCACAUCUGAAUUCUGUCAAAGCUACAACGACGCCUGCUGGGAAAAGAGUCUGGCCUGUGAAGAGUGUCAACGGCACAGCGUCUUGUUUGUCUGCAAGAAUAGUGCCAACGGCAACUGCAUUUCCUGCUCGUGUGGCAAUGUGCAAGUCUUUUCACCAUUGGCCUGUUCGACUGUCAGGUCCCUCAUGAAUAAUAGGACAGUUGCAGACUCUCGACCGCGUACUACACCCACCCCACAUCCAUCUCACCCAACUCCGUCCAUCCCCCAUCGCGGCCAUGGAAAUAAUGGAUCUCCAGGUCCAUCAGAUCAACAUCCUUCGGGAACACGCCCGGCUGAAGAAGCCAAACAGGAACCCGCUGAAGGGAAAGAAGCGGAACGAUCUCGUGCCAUUGGCGGCGGCGUGGGAGGAACCGUGGGCGGGAUCAUCGUCUUGGCUACAGUAACAACCUUCUUUGUGACGAGAAAAAGGAGGAGGUUUGAUUUCCCGCGACAGGAGAGUCAAGAGGAAUUGACCCUGAAAAGGGACGAAAGCGCUGAUGAAGAAGAGGAUCAUCCAAAACGCAGCGCGCCGUCUAUGACGACUGUGGCAAAUGCUACACCAUCACCUAUGCCUCCGCUAGUGCUCCUCGCUCGAUCCGACACACUUUCACGCGCGAAACCGAGCAAUGUUCCCCAGUGGACCGCACCUUCUUUAACCGGUGCGGUUGGUUCAAUAGGAACAGCAUCACCCGAGGCGGAUACAUCCAUGGAUCACCCUGGAUACCUCCAACAGCAACGCGAGCGGCAAGAAAUGAAAAGACACUGGAGAAAGACACUAGAACGACGUUCAAAGGAGCUGGAUCGCGAACGUAUUGAAUGGGAGGGAUUGUUGGGCCCAAAGUCCCCCGCGCCGGCUGCGACACGCGAUUCUCCUCUUGCGCGGAACAUUGGAUCAAACCGCACUUCAAACACUGCCCCGCUACGCCCUUCGCCUCUCCGAUCGGCCUCGAUAGUGUCAAUGUCAACAACGUCAACAAACAGUGACUUGUCAUCAUCACCGCCUACUCCCAUCUUUUACCCAGCAGAUCGCUUAUCCGUAUCAACUACAUCGUCGACAUCCUCUUAUAAUUACCUCAUUUUGUCUUCACACAAACCUGAACGGAAUGACGAGCUCGAAGUCUCUGUCGGAGACCGGGUCAGUAUAUGGCGAGUAUGGGAGGACGGCUGGUGCCAUGGAGGCAUUCUAGAAAAGGGAGGCACAUGUGCUGGGCGGGAAGGUGUCUUUCCCAUCAAGUGCGUUCGCGUACGUGAAGGCGAGGACGGGGAACGCGGAACGAUAUGUGGCGAUACGUACGUAUCGAGAUGGGAUAGCCUCCUCGCGGAUAGUGCAACUUAAUGUGGAAAUGCAGGUCAUUUUCUUUGUUUUUAUCUUUACGAUCUUUUUGUGUGGUAUAGUCUGAUUAUUGUCUAAUGUGUACAAACGCGCAAGGUAUUAUGUGGCAUUGGGUGGUGCAGAUAUGCGAGCAACAGUGCCCUGAAAAAAUAUAUAGUUUGACCAAGUUCCCUUGAGGGUGUGGAUGAAUGUCUGGUUACGAGACAGUCAUGCAGCAUUGUUGUUCAUCUCAACACGGGCGGUAGC